CGCCGCAAGCUUGUGUAAGGUGUAACCCUAACCCUAAAACACUUACCUUCGCCUCCAGCACCACGCUUCCAUGGAGGGGCGCGGAGGCUAAGUAUAGCCAACCUCUACACCAUAUCCCCAUGGAUUGAGCGGAUUCCCAAGGCAUGGGUACAAACCCUCACCUGCAAGAGCUGGCCGCUUCGGCGGUGGCGGCUUCUGAACCACCACCGCGGGCGCGCGUGGUGCGGAUCCUAGUGCACGAUGCUGACGCCACCGAUUCGUCCUCCAGCGAGGAUGAGGCACCGCCACUUCUUCCUCGGCGGAGGUCGAGGGGUGGUAGCAGCAGCCUGAGCGUGAGGCGCCGUGUUAUGGAACCGGCUGGGGCAAGCUCGGCCGUUCGGUUCCGUGGCGUCCGUCGUAGGCCGUGGGGGCGCUGGGCUGCGGAGAUCCGCGAGCCGCACAACCGCCGCAGACUGUGGCUCGGCACCUUCGACACCGCUGAGGAGGCUGCCAACGCCUACGACGCUGCGAACAUCCGCUUCCGCGGUGUCAGCGCCACUACCAACUUCCCUGCGGCCCGCUACUCGCCCCCUCCAAAGCCAGCGAAGCCUAUCAUCUCGCUGACUCCUGAACCCGGAAAGGUGAUCACCUUGCCACCGGUACCUGUGAAGCCAACCUUCCCUGUUCAGGUGAAGGAAGUGGGUGGGAGCUGGGGCGGCCUGGUCAAGGGAGCUAGGUCGGAGGUCAAGGCGUUUGCACCGAAGCCAGUAUGGAAGAUGAUCCCCAGGGUGCACCAGAAGUUUCCGGGUUGUGCCGAUGGCUCUGGCCUGCGUGCCGUCCAUGCUGCCUCCAUCUACGUGGAGGAGGUUGGCGGUGGCUGAUGGUCCAAGUAUCUGCAAUUACUAUCGCUAGAGGUUUUAUUGUCUAUCUCCAUGGCAUCAUUAUAACCUGGUACUGUAUUAUUUUGGUUAGUGUUAAACUGUUGAUGUGGAAACCUAUGACUCUUGCUGUGUUAUGAUCGGUGGUAAUAUAAUGUGUAUAUGGUGACAUUUGGUAAUAUGUUCCUGAUCUAUGUGAUGCAAUGUGCUGUGCUUUGAUUGUGGGAUCAAACCUGUCAUAUAGUAGUACAAUCUAGAUCCUUUCACAUGAACAGUGAUACCUAGAUGUAUUUGAUGGUUAUUUCAGUUGAAUUAUUUGUCU